CGAUGCUCUAACAAUUUCAAUGCUCUAACAAUUUCAAUGCUCUUAACAAUUUCAUCCCCAGACACUCCAGAGAGUGCAGUGACAUCAUCGCAUCUCCACCGGCCCUCUCCUGACAUCUACAUCAUCAUUAGCAAAACACCACCUCACAUCGACAACUUGAGAAGGGCAUAAAAGAUGUUGGAAAUGGAGUAAAUUCAGUUCACUAUGACGACUUCUUGACAAGCCAGCUUUUGAGCCUUUUGUACGAUAGCUUUGCAGCGUUUAUAAACACAACAAUUUCCCACAGUCCAAGACAUCACCAUCACCAUCACCAUCCCCCUUAACACCACCAACUGAAAUAUCACCACACUAAAAGACAGCCACAAUGUUCGCAAUCUUCCGCCACCACCCCAACAAAGACCUCGCCGACCUCGCCGAGAAACACAUGCAUGACGAUCUCCGGCCCGAAGACCGCGCCCGCCUGCACAAAGCCGCCUCCCAAGUCCAAACGCACGCCACCAUCGGCUCUCUUCUGGGCGUAGGUCUCGGACUCGCCAUGGCCUGGCGCAUCCGGCAGAAUCGACAGCAGUUGUUCAACGCGUUUAGAAUGGUGGCAAAGCCGGUUGAGGUGGUGUUUGCCAAUGGUCGGAGGGAACCAGUCCCAGACCUAGAACCCCUCCUCCGCCCCACGCUCUGGGGUGACAUCGCCACUUACACCGCCUUCGGCUUGGGCGGUUUCAUGCUCGGCGGCGAGACCGGCUUGCUGACAGGCAGCGCAGCAGCCACUCGCACCAUCACCCGCGACCGUCACUCCUGGAAGCGCAUCGAGGACGCGUUCCGCAACUUCCAGAUCGAUGUGCUGAAGCGCCAGAUGGAAAUCCUCGAGCGUGAGGCCAAGGAGAGGGCCGCGGGCGGGAGGGAGAGCGAGGCGGACAGUACUUCUAGCUGGGAGAGUCUGAAGGAUCAUGCGAGCGGGAUGGUGAGCACCUUGAAGCCCAAAUGAUGGUGUUUUGAGUGAGCGAGGGGUGGUUUGCAUGGAUGGAGUUUGGGAGGAUGUUUGUGUUCCGUUCUUGUUGAUGUUACUGCUUUUUGCAGUCCCAUUUCAUGGUAGUUAUAUGGGUUCUGGAUAUAGGUUUUACUUGUAUCAAUGCUUUUGAAGAACUGUUGCAAUGGCUUCCAAGUGAUC